UCCGCAUGUGAAAAAAACAUAAAGAUCCACUACCGGAUGCGUUUAGUUUUGGUUUUAACUCAACUUGCUGUCAACCCGGAAAGAGGCUGCGCUCGGGGCACAGGGCUCGUCUUUCCGCGCGGAGCUUUCAUCUGUUUUGGCGGAUAAACGAGCGUGGAUUGUAUUCUGAGAGCGCGCUGAACAGCACACAUUCAGCAGAACGCGGAUGAGUCACGAGCCUUUGGGAUUUUGGAAGUGAAAUCUGGGACAUGCCUUACCUGGACAGACAAAAUCGGACCUGUGGAUUCCUGGAUAUUGAGGAAAAUGAGAACAGUGAUAAGUUUUACCGCCGUUAUUUUAUCUUGGAUACUCAUGAGAAUUUUCUCCUAUGGUACAUGGACAAUCCACAGAACUUACCUCCGGGAACAGUGUCUGUUGGAAGUCUGCGACUCAGUUACAUUUCAAAGGUUAAUGAAGCAUCAGUAAAGCAGAAACCGAAAGCAGAAUUCUGCUUUGUAAUAAAUGCAUUGUCCAGACGGUACUUUCUGCAGGCCAAUGAUGCUAUAGACUCGAAGGAAUGGGUCAUUGCUCUGAAUAAUGCCACCAAAAUUACGGUUCCAAAAGCAUCACCAGUGGCCCAAAGCUCUGAUGCCACAAAUGUUUCAAACCCAAGUCAGUCAACAUCUCGACAGGCGUAUAAAACAGAAAUUGUGGGAGGUGUGGUUGUGCACACGCCAGUUCAGCAGAGCGAUAAUGAGGACGUCUUCACGACUGAACUAGGAUCACACGUCACUUUAAGGAGAUGCCAGAGCGUGCGUCCAAAUGUCGUGAGGUCUGGCUACUGUGUCAAGCAAGGAAAUGUGAGGAAAAGCUGGAAGAGGAGGUUUUUUAUUCUAGAUGACCAAACUGUGAGCUACUAUAAAUCUGAAAUGGAUAAGGAACCAUUGCGCAGUAUUCGAUUGCGGGAUGUGCUGAAAGUUAACGAGUGUCUUGUGAAAUCAGGGGAUCUGCUGUCUCGUGAUAACCUUUUUGAAAUCAUCACCAGUACCAGAACCUUCUACAUCCAGGCAGACACCCCAGAAGACAUGAAGGGCUGGAUCAAGGAUAUUGCUUCAAAAAUUCAAGACUUUCGAGGGCCGUCUAAGUUGCGCUCUUCCAGCAAAGUCUUUUCUGGGCAGAGGAAGCCUCAGCUUGUGAAGUCCUGCUCCACUGCAGAUUCGUGGCAGCCAUGGACCCCGGUGCCCAAUCAGGAGGGUCAAAGAGAAGGGCCGUACAGCUCUCUCCCCUCACUCUCACACACAGGCCAUGCCUUUCAGUCAACGACUCGACAAACUCGACAACGGCACCAUUCCCAGCCUCAACUCGCUCCCAGCGAAACAGACUUUCCUGACAGUCUUGAUCAUGUCCGCACCACUGAUGUUUAGUUGCUUUAAUGGAUACUGCUGGCCAGCACAUGGAUAGUGUUAUGAUUUUAGCCCUUUGAUUGUUGCUUUUCUUGUUCAGUGGUGCGCACACAAGUGCUUCAGUCAUUGCAAUGCUGCUCACUUACUCUGAAAGAAUAGUUCCCAAAUUAGUUCCCAAAUAGUACCCAAAAAUUCUGUCAUUAUUUACUUACCCCCAUGUCAAGCUCCAACAAGCAAUGUAUGGCAAGAAUUGUGUACCAAUUCUUCAACCAAUUGUACUUUAGUGUUCUACAGAAAAAAGAAAAAAAUAAUUGGUUUGGAACAAUAUGUAGAAUAGAAUUGUCAUUUUGGGUGAACUAUUCCUUUAAAAGAAUGUGUCUUUUUAUGUAUGAAGGAUUGUAAAAUGAGGAAGGAUCAUCUGGUGAAAAGACAUUUUAUGUGUUGUAUUUCUUCAGUGAAUUUCCCGAGACAUACAGUGGGGUCUGAAAGUGUGAGACAACUUGUAAAAUGCUUUUAUUUUGUAUUAUGUAAUAUAUGUGUAUAAUGAUAUUUUCAGCACAAAAAUUGAAAAGUUGGAAAGAAAAAAAAAACAUUUUUUAGUAUUUGGUAGAUCUAUCUUUUGCUUUAAUGACAGCAGCACUUGAGCCGACAUGAACUGAUGAACAUGUGAUCCAGGAUGAUUUAAGAAUGUUCCAAAGAACAUCUUGUGCACUGCAGUGGACACAUUUGCUUUUUGAUUAUUUCUCUUUGUUUUAAAUAUGAAAUAUUUACAUUUCCAGAUUCAAAACCUUGAUUUUCAAUGUGGUCUCAAACUUUUGGACCCACUUGUACAGUUGAAAGUAUUGUUGGUUUGUGUGGUAGACUUAGCCUAAGUCAAGGCAUCUGGACUUACUUUGAAGACAUUUAGUCAACAUCACUAAUGAAGCCGCUUGAAGGAUUAGGAAAACUUUGACUAGACGUUCAAUGAUGAUCUUCGUGACUGAAAACAUUUUAAUAUUGAUUACUUUGAAAUGCCUGAAAAUGUUCAUAGAAUUCUUUCUUUUGUUGUUGUGAAUGGUACUAUAUGUUGACAAGUAGGUACUUUUUCUGUUGCUCAAACUACUUGUUUUUUUUUAUACGCGUCAUUGCUAGAUAUGCAUCAUCGC